CAAAUCAACACGAGGCUUGGUCAAAGUGGCUCCAGGGUACCUCAAAUCAGAACAAAGGCAGAUCAGAUCAACAUAUGCCCCGAGCUUUGGUCAAGCCCUGGUCCAAGGGCUAAGCGGGGUGGCUCGACCGGGGUUUUCCGCUACACCAAAAAGUUCGUGAGUUUUGGCGCUUGCGACUGGUUUUUUUUCUUGAUUAUCUCGACAAGGAAAGCAACCACAAGCCGGCCAACGACCACCACCAAACAGGCGUAGGAUUUAAUCUCUUUGCGUCCUUCCGAAGAAAAAUCAGAAGCAAUGGCUCCCCAGACAAAGAAGACCGGCCCCAAGGGCAAGCAGGCCAAGAUUACCAAGAAGUUCGUUAUCAACGCCCAGCAGCCCGCCAGCGACAAAAUCUUCGAUACCGCCGCCUUCGAGAAGUUCCUCCAGGACCGAAUUAAGGUCGAUGGCCGUGUGGGCAACCUCGGCGACACCAUUGUCAUCCAGCAGGCGGGCGAGGGCAAGAUCGAGAUCAUCGCUCACAAUGAACUGUCUGGUCGCUACCUCAAGUACCUGACCAAGAAGUUCCUCAAGAAGAUGCAGCUCCGUGACUGGCUUCGUGUCGUCUCCACUAGCAAGGGAGUAUACGAGCUCAAGUUCUUCAACGUCGUUAACGAAGAGGCUGACGAUGAUGACGAAUAAAUGUGCGUCAGCGUUGGGGCUCCGGAUAGCAUAGCAUCAUCGGGUGCUAGGAUCUACAUGGCGUAGGGUAUGGAAAAGUUCGGCACUCUAAUAAAGCCAUGUUCAGCAAUGGACCCAACAACGACACUCCUUG